UGUGUCCCGCCCCGCCCAAGGUUACCGCACACACUUUCACUGCUGAAGCAACAAGUAGUAUAUAACAGCAACGCUCGCGAGGACGCACCGCAGUACACGCUUGACAAACAGACAGCGAAGAUGCGUGUAUGCAUGUGGGCGGCGGUGCUGGUGCUGGCGGUGGCGGGCGUGGGCAUGGUGGCUCCGCAGGGCGUGGGCGUGCGGCUCACCAACAAUACACUGUUCACGGCGGGCCUCGGACUGCUGGUGGCUGGCCUCGCCUUCCAGGCAGGCCGCACUAGUGCCUACCACUACUACAACCGGAACGGUGGCAAGAACCCGGGAGGAGGGACCCCGGGGGGCUUCUUCCCCUUCCGCCACCGCCGCCACGCCAGGGACGCCCCGCUGGACCCCCGCGUCGAGAGGAUCUUCGAGGCCGCCCUGGAGCACGACGCCUCGGGCUGCGUCCUGGAGCUGACCUGUGCCAUCGGCCGCAUACCCGAGCCCUCCCUCAACGGCCGCGUCAAGGACUUCCACGCCAUCCUCAGCUCGGCAGCGGUGGGGUCUGCGGUGCGGCGGCAAGGUCAUCAGGGCGGCCUGGCGGAGUACCUGGCGGCGAGGGACCUGGGCCGGGGGGGCGGGGACUGUGACCGCCUGUUCCCCCGCUGCCCCACGCCCUCCGCGGUGCUGCUCGACCAGUUCCAGACGAUGAAGGUCAUGGAGUACCGCCGGUAGUGGUCGCAGGGAAGGACCGUGGCAGGAUGGCUUCACCUGCAACACCAAGAGGAGGUGGCUUGACCUUCUCUGCUGGGCUGCCACAAACCCUGUAUAUUUCCACAGGGACAGUAGUUUUCAGCAGCCCAUGACACAUUUAUAUUUUUUACUACUAUGUAAGUAAAUAGAUAUUUUAUUCAUAUGCAUUAUUCCUCACCUGGAAAGUAGGUACUGCUCACUAUUGGGCCCAGCACUGGGAACUCCAGAGUAAAGUCCAAGACUUCUCAUUCCUGAAGAUGCAUUUUAUGAGCUGUGUUUAUUGGGAAAUAUUUGAAUCUUUUAGCUGAGUUUCAAUCAGUAUUAUUAGUAAAAUCCAUUGCCAUAUCCAUCCAAAUAGUUGCAAGGACACACCAUAUUUGUUAGGUAGUUCACUGCAGUUGGAACAUUUUCAUCCAAUAACUGUUAAUAAAACUUCUUGACAUUGUUUUAAUUCUCUUGUUAUAACAGGAAUUUUUGUGUAGAUGUGUGUAAAUUUGUAUGUAAAUAAUUUUCCAUGAUUUUAUAUAUAUUUGAUUCUAUUAAAUUGUAUACCCAGUCUCAGAUACAUGAAGUACAUAUGAAAAAUUGGUCUUUUGUACUCUACCUAGUAAGGAAAUAGGAACACUGCAGUGAUAGUGUCGAGUAGUGCUGGUAAGGUGGAGAUCAUACACUAAACUGCACGCUCAUCUCCAUCUCAUUGGCCAUUGAGCCUGUGUAGGGCAUGAAGCCACUACCCCGGGACACAAGGCAAGUGUGACAUCCAGGAUACCACAGUUUACCUGCCUCAGGUUUCCUCAGGUACCCAACUGGGCCUGUGGAUCAUCAGCUAAGCAUGGUAAUGACAACACCAGGAAGGGGCCUUAAUGAUAGUGUGUCACACAGUAUUUAAAAGGUUUAGGUGAUUUAUAUGGUAACGGUUACUUUACAGCCAAAUUAAGACUCCUCUUAGUGAUAAGGGAAUCUCAUUAUAGAACAAGCAUGAAUUAGAUAUUGACUUUACAAUGCACAGCCUCUUAACUUUGCCACAGAGUCCUCCAUCUGUAGCUGAGGCAUUUUGCAGCAGUCACCUGCUGCCCUGGUGAAGGCUACUGCCACACCGAGACUCUGUGGACUGUAUCUCUCUCUUAACCUUCCCUUGUGGAUGCAGCAAAGUCAACACUCCUCACUGCUCAGUUUCCUGAUAUGUAUUUAAAGAUGAAGCUAUGAUGAUUAGUUAUCUUGCUCAUGUUAAUACGUACAAUUGAAACACAUAUUUGAGUAACAAUUAUAUUUCUUUCAUUCACUGUUCAUUCCUUGGUAUUAUGUGUUACAAGGGUUCAUAAUAGGAUGAAACUGCAAGAGACAAAUUUUGUGAUCAUAUUUGUGUCCAGUGCUGCAUGAGUGCUUGGCUUCAUGUACCCUUCUAACACAGAGAGCAGUGUUGUGCUUGUGGAUUAACAUAACAGAUUUUGUCAUGUGAACAAUGUAGUACGUGUAUAGUGAUAGUUAUUUUACAGUAUUGUCAUACCUAAACUUGAGUGUGUCAGACAGCAUUCACAAAGUCACGAUUGUAGUUACACUUUUUAAUGCAGCUUCUUUUGACUCAGUUGAGGAAUAUUUUAUGCAAAAACUGUGAUACUGAGUGUGGUGUUCCCUCACACAGUAGGGGCACACCUCGCCCAGUAACAUUCUGUAUACACCAUAUACAUUACGUACUAUUAAUCUUUGAAAGUACAACAGGAUAUUUUAUCUUGUGACAUUCACCAGGCAAUAAAAGUACAAGACUCACCAGUACCCAUGAA